AUCCCACACAGCUCACAGCAAGAUCGGCUUGCCCAUUUGCUCAGCAACACACCAGACUCCCCUUGGCUUCAGUCUGUUCUCUUCCUGGCCGGCGCUCUCUCAACAGAACUGAAUUGCCAAGCAGGUCAUCCAGCAACUCGACACUUGAUCUGUUCACAAACUUUGAAAAGACCCUCCACAUUCGCCCUACCCUCGAUCCAUAGCGAGAGCGAUAGUACAGUACCUGCGAUACCAACCACCGCUACCACCAACCUUUGCCACCCCCGAAAUGGAUUUCCAAAACCGCGCAGGCUCCAAACCCGGCUCGGGCGGCGUAGCCGGCGGCUCCGAAUCCAACGUGGACCGGCGCGAGCGUCUCCGCAAACUCGCGCUCGAGACAAUCGACCUCGCAAAAGACCCAUACUUCAUGAAGAACCAUCUCGGCUCGUACGAAUGCAAGCUCUGCCUCACGCUGCACAACAACGAAGGCUCGUACCUCGCGCACACGCAGGGGAAGAAGCACCAGACCAAUCUCGCGCGCCGGGCGGCGAAGGAUGCGCACGAUUCGCAGAACGUCGGGACGGCGCAGCAUCUUCUCACGGACGGGUCGACGACGGGGGGUGUCGGGCCGCGGAUCGUGCCCAAGAAAGUGGCGGUGAAGAUCGGGCGGCCGGGGUACAAGGUGACGAAGAUCCGGGACCCGUCGACGCGGCAGCUCGGGCUUCUGUUCCAGAUCCAGUACCCCGAAGCCGCCGAGGGGAUCAAGCCGCGGCACCGCUUCAUGUCGGCGUACGAGCAGCGGCAGGAGGAACCCAACCGCGCGUUCCAGUACCUGCUGUUUGCGGCGGAACCGUAUGAGACGAUCGCGUUUAAGGUGCAGAGCAAGGAGAUCGAUACGGGCGCUGAGGGAAGGUUUUGGACGUUCUGGGAUCCGGAUGCGAGGCAGUUUCAUUUGCAGUUUUUCUUUAGGGCGGAGAGGGCUGCCGGGAUGGGGAUGGGGAUGCCCGUGGGGAUGCCGCCGAUGGGGAUGGGGAUGGGGAUGCCGCCCCCGCCGGCGUUUCCUGGCCAGGCUCCUGCGGCGCCGGGUGCUGGGAGUGCGGUUGGCGCGAUGGAUAGUGGGAGGGCGGCGAUGAUUGGGAUGGGAGCCCCGCCACCGCCUGCGCCCGUGGCGAAUCCGUUGAAUCCGUAUAGCGCGCCGGCCCCGCAGCCGACUUUUAUACGGCAAUGAGUGUGGUGGGGGCGCUGUCGGCUGGUUUAGAAGUUGGGAGGGAACCCGUUUUGUGCUGGGGGCAUGUAAUGCGCAUGCUUGUAUUCGAGAGAGGCCGAUAUGGGCCCUUCAUGUCUUCUGAGAUGACAACCCGGCUUAUCAUACCCCCACCUCGCGCGAGAGAGGCGGGGACAUGUCGUUUGGAAAUACCAUCAAUUCCAAAACCUCCGAACGCAGUUCUGAUC